CGGAUUAUCGGGGUUUUGUUAUUACCAAAAACAAUUAACUUAAAAAAAAAAAAAUAAUAAUAAGAUACGUCAAGCUGGUGGGGUGACCCAAAUAACAUCAGAGAAAGUUGUUUGGUCACAUUUAAGAAAAAAAAAAAAAAAACUUAUUUACUUACUUAUUACACUCGCCUUUAUUAGAAUAAAAUAUUUAUCGUGUUAUUCCGAUAGGCAAAGUUUAAUAUUCAACUUGAAUUUCUAAAGGUACUGAAAGUAGGCUGCUUUAACGAUAGAUUUCAGACUAGUUAUACGUAGAUAAGUUGUGCUAACUUUAAGUCGUGAUUCGUAAACGCACAGCACCGCGUUACAUUAAUCAUGGUCAUGAUGUUUCGUCAGACCAAAGGUUUCUGACCCGUAUAACAGGUUGCUAGUAGAACCAAAACGAAAAGAGAGAAAGAGAGAAUUGGAAAGCAGCAGUUUUAGUCUUUCUCGGUCUUUCUUUCUUAACUAGUCUCCAAUGUUUUACUUAAACUGCUCGUGUAUCGCUGUUACUCACUUCAUCGUUGUUAAAAAUUUGAUUUUAACUAGUUUGUGGUAGAAGAACGUUCGCAACCAUGAUUUCGCUAUCAGUUAAUAGAAUGGCAAGGUUUCCUUUGCUGUCUUUUACUACCACAAUAGGAAACCCUGUUAGGUUUCAUGCUCCUGGAACGAAUUCAGUUGGUUUCUCAAAGGAAUUAAUUCGCCAUCGGUGUAACUCGACACAAGGCAAUCGUGGAACUAUUCUAUCUCAAAAGUCAAGAGCAAUUCAACCUCUUCCAUUCAUAGUUAUCUCACAACGUAACUUUAAGUUAUCCGGGGGACUGGGAAAUAAUAGAAAAGAUUUUUCUGAAAGGAAAAUUCUCGGGUACUCGAUGGAGGGACUUUUUAAUAUAGUGGCUGAGGUUGAGCAAUAUAAACACUUUGUUCCAUAUUGCAUGAAUUCAGUAGUCACUUCCCGAACUUCAGCAGAACGAUUUACAGCUGAUUUAACAAUAGGCUUUCCACCGUUGUUGGUGGAAAACUAUACAGCUAGCUUCAUGCUAACAUCACCAACAUUAGUGAAAUCCGUUUACAUACAGGGAAAUCUGUUUAAUCAUCUGGAAACAAUAUGGAAAUUCAGUCCUGGACCUAACGGAGAUCCUAAAAGUUGUACCUUUGAUUUUUACAUGUCCUUUGAAUUCCGUUCUUUACUGCAUACUCAACUAUCACAAUUGUUUUUUGAUGAAGUUGUGAAUAAAAUAACUGAUGCGUUUACAGAAGAAGCAAAAAGGCGUUACGGACCACCGUCCAUAACUAACCAGCGAUCGUAUGUAUGAAUAAAUUUAUUUUCCCUCGUCAAAA